AUGCCCCUUCCGUAUGCCACAGUCAUGCCCCUCCGGAAGCGAGAGGCGCGUGCGAGACGGAGCGAAGGCAAUCUGUUCCUUGACUCACUCCCUUCUACACAAGCGCUGCCUCCGCCGCCUCCUCGUGCGCCCAGGAAAUCGGACGUCGGGAGUCUGGAGCGAAUAAGCACAGCCCUUAUGACACGGACAUGCGCAGGCUGGGGGAAGGGCCAGCCCGACUUCGCCGCUCCGCUCAACAACGUCUCGGUGCCAGUCGGGAGGGACGCCACGUUUUCCUGCGUCGUCACUAUGCUGGGCGGCUAUCGGGUGGGCUGGGUGAAAGCUGACACGAAGGCCAUCCAGGCGAUCCACACCCACGUCAUCACCCACAACAACCGCGUCUCCGUCAGCCACAGCGACAGGAACACGUGGAUGUUGCAUAUCACGGGCGUGCAAGAGGAAGACCGAGGCCCUUACAUGUGCCAGAUCAACACGGAUCCUAUGAGGUCGCAGAUCGGCUUCCUGGAGGUGACGGUGCCCCCGGAGAUCGAAGACGAAGGCACCUCCUCGGACGAAAUGGCUCCCGAAGGCUCGAAUAUCCACCUGCGUUGCCGGGCGAGCGGGUAUCCGAAGCCGGUGAUCACGUGGUCGCGCGAGGACCAGAAGGCGAUCGUUCUCCGGACCAACGACCCCGCCAAUCCGAAGAGAAAAGAGAUGACAUACGAAGGGGAGUUUCUGAACCUGACGCACAUCACGCGUUCGGACAUGAGUCCCUACCUCUGCAUGGCCAAUAAUAGUGUGCCUCCGAUAGUGAGCAAGAGGAUCAUGGUGCACGUGCACUUCCGGCCUGUCAUCCACGUGCCCAACCAGCUGAUCGGCGUGCCCAUCGGCAGUGAGACGACCCUAGAGUGCAACUUGGAAGCGUCGCCCAGGUCGAUUCAGUACUGGACCCGCGAUUCAGGCGAGAUGCUGAUUAGCAACAAGGAAUAUACCACACAAGAAAACCACAGCAAUUAUUACAUGACGAAGAUGACGCUGACGAUUAGCCAUUUCCGGAGCAAACACGCGGGAGAGUAUUACUGUACAGCUAAGAAUUCCCUCGGAGAAGCUCAGGGCAGGAUUAAAGUCUAUGAGAUGGAGCAGCCCACGGAUCCGCCGUCGUACUACGAGGAGGAGAUGGACCUGCACGAGAACGAGGUCGGGCGCGGCGGCCACACGCCCGACAUCUUCACGAACGAGAUCCCUGCGUACGGGCGGCCUCGCUCGUGGGAGGGCGACACCGUGCCGACCAAGUACAAUGACGUCAUCACCAGAGGCGGCCACGGGACCUACGGCGGGCCCAAUCACCGCGCUCCCUCGCAGCCCUCGGUCGAGAAGAAGCACCCGAUUGGCGGAGACCCGAAGGACAGUCGAGCUCCUCUCACUCAACAAUACGCCAAAACACCAACGCAAAACACACGACUCACCAGACGGGCCACGCCCACACUACUGAAAUCACGGCGCGUCCCAACACGCAACCCACGCACGUACACCACUGCCUUCUCCUCUGCUCCUGCUACUGCUGCUGUUAGAUUUAGUGCAUCUUGCUAG